AUGCUGAACGAGUCAGACUACUCUCUUGAGGACGAGGAAAAGUUGGGGCUCAAAGUAUUGGAAUUUGGAGGAUUAUUGGCUAAUGAUGGAUCUUUACACUUGGGAUGUUUUGUUAAAAUUGUGACUUUUAAUUUGAACGCUGACAUACAGAAGAAAUACAAGGAAUUGUUUGAACAAGAACGUUAUUCUGAUUAUAAGAUACACGUAAUUGGUGAGACAGAGAAUGAAGUUGAAGUAAUUAACGUCCACAAAAAUAUCUUGUCAUGCUAUGAUAUAUUUCGAGGGAAAUUUAGGCGUGAACCAACACAAAAUCAUAUGCGUAUAUCUAAUUCUUCGCCGCAAGCUGUCAGAUGUUUUCUUUUGUAUUUAUAUUGUGAUCUCUGGGACCGAUAUUGUUGGGAGAUAUUAAUGUUGGCUGAUGAAUUUGUUAUCGAAAAUUUACGGAAUAACGCAGAAAGUUAUCUGGCAAGUAAAAUCGCUAAUACUGGUGUUAUUAUUGAACUUUGUAGAGUUUUGGAUACGAUUGAUUUGGAUGCAAUUGAAUUUCCAAUUAUUUUAGAUGCAUGUAGACGUUUCAUUGAAGAACAUCCGGAGAAAGUGGACAAUGAUUUUUGGGCAGAGAUUCGAACAUGGCCGACGGUUUUUGGACUUCUUGGAGGACGUUAA